UGCGUACUUCUCGCGCAGUGUUUGUGUUGUGUUCAUGGUUGUUACGUGGCUGGUGCGACGACAUGAUUUGGUAGCGCGGUUUGUCCGAAGAGCUUGUUUCAGUGCAGUGUGAAUGAACCCAAUUGCACGUAGUGGUAAGUUCGUUCUACCACGACCGACUUUAUGGUGUGCUCGUCGACGGCAAGCCAUCCAACGCCGACAACGUAAACAAUGGCUGCCUCUGAAUUUGUCGCGUCGAGAGGUAUCGAACUCUCUCGUAGACUUUUGUCUCAGACAUCUUUCGAACAGCAAAUCGAUGAUAUCGAGAGAAUCCUCCGUUCUUCGGCCCCAGGUAUCGUCAGGAGUGAGGACUCAUCCCUGUAUUGCCAUUUCAUAGCGGCCCUGCUCGACAGUCUGAGUGCCAGUGCUCUGAAAAACCGGGACGAAGAAGAAUUGUACGACGCUACGAUACUACGAGGCUCACCCGAGGACGUUUUCGUGGUUUUGGCGACCGCCUUUCAGCGCUGCGACAAGAGUUACAAGCGAGACAAGCUCGUCGGUCUGCUUGACAAGUUCCUCCGCGGUCGUUACUUGGAAGAGCUGUUAAAGAGGCGUUGUAGUCGCCACUUGAAGACUACUGAUGAAGUUUCGUGGGCCAUGCUUGAAACGCUGCUGGUUUCCCUACCGGAGCGCCUCGCAAACAUCAACAAAAGGGACGUGCCCAAGACUCUGACGACUGAGGCUUACUUCGCGACUGUGAUUGAUGGUAUGCUUCACGCCUUCGAUUACGCGGCGGAGCAUCUCAGUAAGGGUGUUGACGUCCACGUAACCUUCCUCAGCAGACUGCUCGGGCGGAUAUGUCUGGUGGGUCAGUCUGGGCAGAUCGCCAACCUCUUGCUGCCGGAGCUGGUGCGACGCUGCGUGGACGACUUCCUGUUUCGUCGGGUGUGCUGCAAGGUGAUCACGACCGUUCCCGACAACAGCAUCGAGAGUGUGGUCACCACUUUGCUUACGGCCCUCGAGGAUUUCGCUCAAGUCGACUGGUUCUUAGCUGAUUCAGUGAGCACUUCCAGCAAGCUCAAGUACACUCUCACGGUUAAGCUACCGCUUGUCAGGACCUUCAGCAAUGACAAGAUUUUACGGAAUCUUAUAGGUUACCUCGCAUCCUCCGACAGGAGGCGGGAAAUGUUCCUGGACCUCACGAGGGAGCUUCUCAGUGUGUGGGGGGACAAGACAUUCAUAAAACAUCAGAGUGAGCAGCAACAGAAAUACCUGACUAGUGCUCUGAUGAUCUGCACGGGACACUUGAAGUUGCAUCACUGCACUAAUACUGAAAGGGAUGCCUUAAUGCCCAAGCUGCUUCACGGUGUGCAGAGCCAUAUAGAGUCUCCAGAAGAAUGGGUUCGGACAUAUGGAAUGGUUGUUGCUGAACAGCUUAGCAAGGUUCUUCAACCGGAGGGACCAAAGUUGAAUUUUGAAUGCCCAAAUGAUGAAAAUGUGCAACAUCUGCUUUCACUCAUGGAUGUCUCUCCAAGUCCCCGGGAACAAGAAAAUAAAGCUGUUGGCACGGAACUAUCGAAAGCUGAAGCUCAGCUAGAAAGUGACACAUCUAAUGGACCUCCAAAUCUGGAUCUAGACAGUGACGACGACCUCGAGGCAUAUGACAUGUCGCACGACAAACCCAGUGGUGUUAAGAUGCCCCUCUACUUGCGGGACUGCAUGGAGGGACUCCUCGAACAAGAGGAUAGAGACUGGACGGAAUCAUGUUUAAAAAGUGCUGAAGGUCUGAUUAAGAACUGUGAAGAUGAACUAGAGGAUGUUGCAGGUGAACUCUGCAAGGUCCUUCUCUACCUGGAGGAUAAAUACAGUAUUCCUGACUUUCUGUCUCUCAGGCAGCAAGCACUCGUGUCGUUGGCCGAGAACUCUCCCAAGCUCGUGGCCACAUACCUGACUGAACAAUUUUACCAGUCAAAUCUAAACAUUCGUCAGAGACUUGACAUCCUUGAAGUUUUGGCUUUGGCCAGCGACAAACUUUCAAAGCCAUUGACAAGAACCACAAAAGUCAGGCAACAAGAGAGUGUUUCAAGCAUUACUGAUGCCCACUGGAAGACUGUGGUUAUGGAACGAAUCAAUGCUAAAACGAAGCGCAUCAGUAAAGGGAAGAAAAAUGAAGUCGUGCCCACCAAAAGUCGAUUUGCUGAUGUGGCUGGUUAUUUUUUCUAUCCCUUGAUGAGAUAUUACGACAGGAAAGAAAAUACCUUUGACCUGUUGGGUGAAGACAGCUUCGUGUUGGCACGGCUCAUCUGUACGCUGGGUAUUGUGCAAAACUCUGCAAUCCAUUCCCCAAAGAGCUGCCACAUGGCAAGCUGUCUACUCGAGUUCUUGUCGGCGCUGAGGUACCACACCGAAGCCUGUGUCCGUGAUGCCAUCCUUUUUGCCCUGUCUAUGAUCUUGGUGAAUGUUCCUGCAAGCAGCUUGCUGUCAACUGCAGAGCACGAACUCCUUGAAAUUCGCCAAUGGUUGCAGUUUGUGGUGGAAAAGGACUCUUACGAAAUGUGCAGAUUCAAGGCAGCACAAGUACUCCAGCUUUUGGCUACAGAAGUCAACAAAGAAAUGCCACUUUCUGAUAAAUAAAUAUGAUUGCCUUUGGCUUUA